CACAACAUAGUUCUCUUGAUCAGAGCUCUCCACCACAAAGUGGAGCAUCAGGCACUUACAAUCACCCUGUAUUAGGAAUGUAUGAUUCCAAAGAUGAUUUUCCACUCAGAAAAACAGCAUCUGAGCCCAAUCUCAAAUUGCGAUCUAGAUUAAAGCAGAAGGUUGCUGAAAGGCGCAGCAGUCCUUUGUUAAGACGAAAAGAUAGUCCUGUAGCUACAGCUCUUAAAAAACGUCCAUUAGAUGUCACAGAAUCUGCAUGCAAUAGUGCUCCUGGAUCUGGUCCUAGUUCUCCAAACAAUAGUUCCAGUAAUAUAAGCACUGAAAAUGGAGUUGGAUCAGUUGCAAAUAUUCACGCAGAGACCAACUUGGCUCAUAGACCUGUUAAUCGUGAAGGCUCAAUAACACAGCUUCCAUUGUAUACAUCUCCCUCGUUGCCUAAUAUAUCCUUAGGACUACCUGCAGCUGCCCCAUGUACUGGUGGAUCAGGACAGCAAGAUUCUGAAAGACUUGCUAUUCCAUCAUUACAACAACGAAUCUCCAUAUUUCCUGGCACCCACAUCACUCCUUAUUUGAGCAGUACAGCAGUGGAUAGAGAAGGGGGAUCGACACACAGCCCUCUUCUCCAGCACAUGGUUUUACUGGAACAGUCAACUGCACAAAAUCCAUUAGUCUCAGGACUAGGGGCACUCCCGCUCCAUGCUCAAUCUCUUGUGGGUGCUGAUAGGCUGUCUCCCUCAAUACACAAACUGCGGCAGCACCGCCCUCUGGGGCGCACACAGUCUGCUCCUCUUCCUCAAAAUGCACAGGCCCUCCAGCAAUUAGUGAUCCAACAACAACAUCAGCAAUUCUUGGAAAAACACAAACAGCAAUUUCAGCAGCAGCAGUUGCACAUUAACAAGAUGAUGCCAAAAUCAAAUGAGGCUUCCCGUCAGCAUGAAAGCCAUCCUGAAGAGACUGAAGAAGAAUUAAGAGAACAUCAAGCAUUUUUGGAAGACCAAUAUAUUGACAGGGUAGCAAAUCAGAAGGAAAUUCAAGGAUUGACCCAAAUGGUCCAUGUGAAGCAAGAACCUGCUGAAAGUGACGAAGAUGGAGAACAACAAGAAUUAGAACCAGGACAAAGGCAAGCAGAGCAGGAACUGCUCUUCAGACAGCAAACUCUUCUACUGGAGCAGCAACGUAUUCAUCAGCUCAGAAACUAUCAGGCAUCCAUGGAAGCUGCUGGCAUUCCAGUAUCCUUUAGUGGGCAUCGGCCACUUUCUCGAGCCCAGUCAUCACCUGCUUCUGCCAACUUUCCAUUAUCUACACAGGAGACACCAUGCCUUGUAUAUGACACCUUGAUGCUGAAACACCAGUGCAUCUGUGGAAACACAAACAGUCACCCAGAACACGCAGGGAGAAUCCAAAGCAUUUGGUCACGGCUUCAGGAGACAGGUCUUCGUAGCAAGUGUGAGUGCAUCCGUGGAAGAAAAGCAACUCUAGAAGAAUUACAGACCGUGCAUUCAGAAGCACACACACUGCUUUAUGGUACCAACCCUUUGAACAGACAGAAAUUGGACAGCAGGAAACUGUUAGGCUCUCUGACAUCACUGUUUGUCAGACUUCCAUGUGGUGGCAUUGGGGUGGACAAUGAUACAAUUUGGAAUGAAGUGCAUUCAUUCAGUGCUGCUCGUCUUGCUGUUGGCUGUGUCGUAGAGCUUGUUUUUAAAGUAGCUACAGGAGAACUAAAGAAUGGAUUUGCUGUAGUUAGACCUCCUGGUCACCAUGCAGAAGAAAGUACGCCUAUGGGUUUUUGCUAUUUUAACUCUGUGGCCAUUUCUGCCAAGCUUCUCCAGCAGAGAUUGAAUGUGAACAAAAUCCUUAUAGUGGACUGGGAUGUACAUCAUGGAAAUGGUACCCAGCAAGCUUUCUACAGUGAUCCCAAUGUCCUUUAUAUUUCACUACAUCGCUAUGAUGAUGGAAACUUCUUCCCUGGCAGUGGAGCCCCUGAUGAGGUUGGCAUAGGAUUGGGUGUUGGUUUCAAUGUAAAUAUAGCGUUUACUGGUGGUCUUAAUCCACCAAUGGGAGACCCAGAAUACUUGACUGCUUUCAGAACAAUAGUAAUGCCUAUUGCUCAUGAGUUUGCUCCAGAUGUUGUACUGGUGUCAUCAGGUUUUGAUGCAGUAGAAGGUCAUCCUGCACCACUCGGGGGAUACAAUCUAUCAGCAAAAUGCUUUGGAUACCUGACCAAACAGCUUAUGGGACUGGCUGGAGGACGAAUUAUUCUGGCUCUUGAAGGAGGUCAUGACCUGACAGCCAUUUGUGACGCAUCUGAAGCAUGUGUUUCUGCUUUGCUAGGAAAUGAGCUUGAUCCUAUUCCUGAAAAAAUAUUACAGCAGACAGCAAAUGUUAAUGCAGUGCAUUCCAUUGAGAAGGUCAUUGAAAUACACAGUAAGUACUGGCAUUCACUCCAACGUUAUUCUUCAACAGUCAGUUAUUCUUUGAUAGACGCACAGAAGUGUGAUAAUGAAGAAGCGGAAACUGUAACAGCUAUGGCAUCUUUGUCAGUGGGAGUUAAGCCACUUCCUGAGAAAAACCUGGAUGAGGAGCCCAUGGAAGAAGAUCCUCUUCUGUAGCAUUCACCUAGUUUGAAGCGCUCCAGUAAAUUCAUCUUGUCUUUGAAGGCCUGCCAAGAAGCUUUCUCUUGUUAUACUUGCAUCCUGCCCUGAUUUUCUUCCAGAAAGGCAGCCAUGUUGAAAGAAAGCCUAAUCUUUCCAUAUUGUUUGGAUUAUGCUCAUGGAAAAGAAAAAAUGCAGGUGAAGAGCAGCAAUAUGAAUUACAGACCACAGAGUAAUCUUCCUUUUUUCCUCAAUGGAAACUAUAAGCGGCAAGAGGCCAGAGAAGUAUUUAGCAAAGUUGCCAGCUUUUGCUGUUGUUUCAAAAUCAAAGACUUAACAUGGACGUGACAAUUUUCAUUUAAAACUGGUGCUUAAAAUUUGAUUACAUUCAGACCACUCAAACUAGAUUGUACUUUUGUUUCUGUAUUAUUUUUGUGGUUCUUGCGUACUUGUGAAUAAGAGAUGUUCUUCAAAACCCAGACCCUGAGGAGGGUUAUUUUUCUUCUUAUGAAGGGUAAAAGAGAACUAAGCUUUUUAUAUAUACAUGCAAACUAUAUAAAUGUGGAGAGGGAGAAUGUAAAACAAGAAAGAUCACCCAGAAAAGGGAUUGGCUUUAGCACUGCCAAAGCCAUUGGAAGAGUUUGUGCCUUUUAAAACAAUAGACUGAUUUUGGGCAGCUGUUUUUUCCUGACAUUUUUGAGGAACUAUGCCUUAAGAAAAGAACUCUGCAGCAGUUCCUCUGGCAAAGUAGGCUGAGAACUGCAUUCAGCAAGAAAGAUUCUAGGAUUUCUGCUAGCGUGAUUAUUUAAAGCAAGCAAAGGCCAGAGCUUCUCCCAAACAGUCUACAAGUUUAUUUGGGGUUUUGUUUCCUUGCUGUUUAAAUUAAAAAAAAAAAUUAAGGUAGUUGCCAGUAAUGUGGCAAAUGCUGUUGGGUUUCUAAAAUUCAUUGAUUUUUAAAAAAUCCAACAUCUUCUUCUAUACAUUAUGUAUAACAUUUAAAGUAUCAAUUUGGUUGUAAAGGCAUGCACAGAUACAAUUGCAAUUUUUUUUAAAAAAAUGGAAUGCUUUUUAUUAAAAGCAGAUAGCAUGGGAUAUUGCUUAAUUUUUUAGGUAUAAAUAUAUAUGUACACUGUAUAAUGAAUAAUAUAAAUAUAUUCCAAGCUUAGAAAACUCUUACAAAUUAUUAAUUAAAUAUUUAUAGUGCAUUUAUAUUACUAUAUAAAUAAAUGCAGAUGGCAACCAUUGGAAGCUCCUUGCAAAGGAUUUGUAGAUUGAAAGGUUAAGAAAAGGACUCUAGUUUGAAACUUGCCCAUUUUCAAAGUGCAGUUUGGAAUGUUUUUAGAAUGCCCAACAUUUUAGCCACUGGGCAACUACCCUAAAUAUUGCUAUUUCACUUUUAUGUUCUUCAAUGUUGACCCUCUUUUAACAAACGAAGUAUUUCUGGCAAAUAUUUAUUUGCUGCUGCUUCAUUUUCAUAUUUUCAGAUAAAGCCAUAGAACAGCCUUAUUUGCAUUGAUUUUCAUGUUUGGUUUUCAUUUGAGAAUUGUGUUUCCAGACAUUAAUCAUUUCCUGGACAUGCAUAAUUUCUCCUUGCACACCGAAGUUAGCUUAUUUCCAGGUGUUUGUACAGCAAACAUUUUUCCUAAUCUUGUGCAUGUUGCAGAGUGCUGUGUGUUAUUUUCAGAAAACCCUUUUCUCAAAUUCCAUGGUCAUUUUUAGAUUAGGAAAUUGAUUGUAUAAUUUCUCAGUUCUUCAGUUGUAGUUGUUAUGCUACAUAAAGAAAAUGAGAAACUUUCUUACCUUAAAAGCUUACUAGUAUUAUAAAGAGUGAUAUAUAUCCUCAAUUUCAAGGAUGAUUAAAGGCAUUAAUAAUUUAAAUAAAUAAGUUGAAAGUCUGCAACAUUCUGUUGGUACACAGAGCAAACACACAGAAACCAUUGUGGUUGAAUAAUCCCUUUAGAAGAUUACUUCAGAAUAAAUAUUAAUAAUAAUUACACUUGUUUUUUGAGAGAGUACUAAUCUUCACCAUGAUCUCUUUUCUUCUACAUAUAUUUUUUUAAAAUGAGGGAAGUUGAUUAAAUUUUUAGUAGUGAAAUUAGAAGAGACUGAUUUUUUUCUAAAGCAACUUCUGAAUCCCUUUUGUGUGUGUGUGUGUGUGUGUUACAUUAACUGACAGAGUUGAUUUAUAACUUAUUUUGUAGUUUUGAAAAGUUUUUUCUUUCAUUCCAUUAUGACUGGAGUUGUGAGAACGUAAACAUAAAUUUGAGUGAGUGCAGGAGAGUUUUAGAAGUUUAUUUACUGCAAAAAUUGAUAUGCAAUUUUUAAGACAGACACUACAAUAUUAAUGUUCAUGCUAACCCAAAUAUAUUCAAAGUGAUGAAUUCUUUUUGGCAUUAGAACUGCCAGGAACAUACUCUAAGAGUAAAGUUUGAUGGUAAAGAUAAAAAUGUAUAUUUUAUAAAAUGCUUUGCUGCUGUGAUCUAAAAAGAUUUUUGUGUGAAAUAACUUGAUUUCAUAUUUUAUUUUACUUUGUUAUCACAAUUGAUAAACAUUAUGAAUUCUAUAAUCACUACAAUCUCAAAUACAUUUUAUUUUUGAAAAUCAAAAUUGUCAAAAAAAAUUUCAUCACAAGAAAUUGUUAGUACAUAACAAUUGGUGUUAACAUGAUGGCUUUUAAUGUUGUUACUUUUAAGAUUCUUCAUUUGUUACUUUCAAAUUUCUACAUCAUUAGGAGUGAAAAGCUUUUCUGAAGUCCGAAAGAAUUUUGGUAUAUAUAAUUUGCCCCAUUUUCUACUUACUUCUAUUUAAAAUGGAUAUAGCAUAAUCUCACUCCAAGCCUGAAACUGGAUUUCUUCUGCAGUUCUUCUAGGAGAAAAAAGAAUUGUGUGUUAUGAGGGUGGAAAUAAUUUUAUUUAAGAAAAGCCUGGGUAAGGAAGGCUUAUGGGCUCUGGGGAUAAACAAAGAGCUUGAUCUGAGUAAGACAAUGUAUCUCUAAUUACCACAUUUUUAUAUUCUAUAAAUAAGAGAUACCUAAAUUCCACCAGCAAGAUUCUGUAUGUUGUCUUGAUUAACCCAGUUUUGAAGGUAUAGAGUGACUUACUACUAUUCUUCUCUUGUAGCAGUUGAGAAACAUAGGAGCAUCUUAAAACUGAAUUACCUAAAAGUGAGCUCCAGAUUGUAGUACAGUAUAAUAUCAUGGUUAUUUUACUUUCAGUACACAAACAUUCCUUUUUAUUAAUCAUGUACUCAUUCCAUUUUUCCUUUUAUAAACUUUUGGGCCCACAUUUUAUGGGCAUUGAUAUAUAUAAAUAUAUAAAUAUAUAAAUAUAUAUAAAUAAAUAUAUAUGAAUAUAUUUUUUUAAGUUUCCUACACCUUGAGGUUGCAUGGUCUGUUAGGUUGGCAUGCCUUUAUAUUGUAAACAGAUUUUGCACGCCACACUUGGCAGCUCUGGGAAAAAGCUUUCUAAUGGCAUUAGCAAGAGAGAAAGUUUGGAAAGUUUUGUGUCACACAAAAAUAAGGAGCAUGGAAAAGGGAAGUUUGUUUGACUGAACUGAUUAAGGACCUGUGUUUUUAUUGUAAAAUUUUAAAAAAUACAAAGGACUACUUAAACAUUUGUCAUUUUAAAGAAAAGAAUAGCAUUUGUGACAAACCAAUAAUAGAAUAUAUUGUAUUUAUGUGGAAAUGUGUAGGAAAACUAUGCUGAACACACAAGUAAACUGCCUAUGUCAUAUUUUUUUUAAGAGAAAGAGGGAGAAGAAUUCUCUUUUGUUUGUGAGGGAUAAGGAAGGUGCAAACCUAUGCUAAUUUCUGUUUAUAUUAAUUAUGAAAUAAAAAUGACAAUAACUUUAAGAGUUAACUCUUCAGCUCAGCUGUAUUACUUUUUAAAUUACUAGGAAUUAUAUAUCAAGAGAUUUUGACAUUUAAGCAGUGAUGUACUGUGCAAACACUGUGGAUUCAAACAAAACUUUGUAUCAGCAGGAAAUGAGGUUUCUUCAUAGUGAUAGUUGAGCUUGGUUUCCUCCCAGCUUCAUAUUCUAUUUGAGAUUAAUUAAAAAGAAAGGGCCGGGGAAAAUAAUUUAACACUUCUGGUGCUUUACAUUGGUGGCAACCCAUAUGUAUGGGUUGAAAAACUAUUAACCCAAGAAUUUAUUACAAAUAUGUAGUAUGAGAAAUUGUAACUUUAUUAUAUUCUGCUUUAUGCCUAUACAUGCUCAGUAUGUCACCAUUGAUAGCAGCUACCAGUUUAGUCUGUAAUUUAGACAGAGUUUCAUUCUUAAUUGUAUGAACCCUUUAAAUUAUAGUAGCAUAUUCUUUGUACUUAAAUUUUAUUAUGACCUUUUUCUUAGUAGAUUUGAAAUUUGGGUUAUUUUUUCCUAGGUCUCUCUCAUUCCUGCUUUUUGUUAUGUUGUUUUACUUUUUUUUUUCUUUUUUACCAAUGGUGUCUUUCUUUAACUAUACCACAUCAAUCUCAACUUUAAUAGAAGUUCAGUAUUUUGUACCACAUUAUGACAACUUGUUAUUAUUGUGGUGUAAAUAA